CGCAGCCGCAAACAAGACUUCAACCGAAGCAUGUGAGAUAUACCAGCCAGACACAGAGCACUCUGGUGGUAGUGGGAUUCAUCAAAAGUAAGGGUAUUAUCACCUGAGCUCGCUAGUUCAUUGAAGUCUUUCGAGGUGUUUGGUGGUGUGUCGCAAGCAUCCACAACCAGUUGAGACCGGGGAUAGAGUGUGAUCGGUUACCGUGUGUCGUGUAACCCAGAAGUUAGUUACUGCUAGUGCACAAGUGAAUUCGUGUGUUAGUCCUCUAAAAGUACACUAAAAAGUGAAGAUGAACAAGUUUGUCGCAGUUUGUUUACUGCUAGUUGCCAGUGCGCACGCCCAACAGUUCAAAUGCCCCAGCAAAGAUGGCCAGUAUCCGGAUCCAUCCCAGUGUGAUAAAUUCUACGAAUGCUACGAUGGUCGUGCGACCGAUAAAUUGUGUCCCGAUGGUCUGGUAUUUGACCCCACAAUUAGGAAGAUAAACAAGUGCGAUCAACCCUUCAAUGUAGACUGUGGCGAUCGCGUUGAGCUUCAGCAACCAAGAGGCAACACACUGUGCCCACGCAGGAACGGAUUCUUUGCCCAUCCGGAUCCGGCUGUUUGCAACGUUUUCUACAACUGUAUCGAAGGGGAGGCCAAUGAAAUUUCCUGCACUGCUGGUCUUCAUUUUGAUGAGUACUCUGGCACCUGUGUGUGGCCAAACGAUGCCGGUCGUCAAGGAUGCAAUCCUGGAGCAAACAAAAAAUUGAAAGACGGAUUCACUUGCCCAAAAGAGCAAAAGACUGAUGAUGCUGGCCAAACUGUUGCCCAUCCUAAAUACGCUCACCCAACCGAUUGCCAGCGAUUCUAUGUUUGCCUCAACGGUGUUGAGCCACGUGAUUUGGGUUGCCAGGCUGGUGAAGUGUACAAUGAAGAAACCGAGCGAUGCGACGCUCCCGAAAACGUUCCUGGAUGCGAGGACUGGUAUAAGGAUAGUGACGAGAAGAAACAUUAGACUGCUGCACAGAUCAUACUGAUGAUUUGAAGUUCAUCAUCAUUGAUCGUUCAUAAGACUACAUAUUGUUUAAAAUAUUUGGAGAUAAUUAAGUUAAUAAACACAAUCGUUUUACAUAA